GAACUGAGCGCAACCAGCCGCCCCAGGCGUCAGCGCGGCUGGAUGACUGGGUGGGCGGGUAAGUGGUUGGGCGGAGGCGGUUGGGAUCGUGACACUUUGGCCCCGUCAAGGGAGGCAACAACAGCCAGCACUGACCGCUAA